AUGGCCCCAGCCCCGCGUUCUUACUCCAAGACCUACAAGGUCCCUCGUCGACCAUAUGAGUCGGCUCGUCUUGACUCCGAAUUGAAGACUGUCGGCGAGUACGGUCUCCGCAACAAGCGUGAGGUCUGGCGUGUCCAGCUCACUCUUUCCAAGAUUCGUCGUGCCGCUCGUGAGCUUCUUACUCUUGACGAGAAGGACCCCAAGCGUCUCUUCGAAGGAAAUGCCCUCAUUCGCCGUCUCGUUCGUGUCGGUGUGCUCGACGAGUCCCGCAUGAAGCUCGAUUACGUCUUGGCCUUGAAGAUUGAGGAUUUCUUGGAGCGUCGUCUCCAGACCUGUGUCUACAAGCUCGGUCUCGCCAAGUCCAUCCACCACGCCCGUGUCCUGAUCCGCCAGCGUCACAUCCGUGUUGGAAAGCAGAUCGUCAACGUCCCCUCCUACAUGGUCCGCCUUGACUCCCAGAAGCACAUCGACUUCGCUCUCACCUCUCCCUUCGGUGGCGGUCGCCCUGGUCGUGUUCGCCGCAAGAAGGCUAAGGCCGCCGAGGGUGGUGAGGAGGAAGAGGAGGAGGAAGAGUAA